AGUCUGUAGGCGGAACUGAAUUGUUGGGUUAAGCGCGGAGUUAGUUUGAAGGACGCAGGGCAGGCUGCUGUGAGGGCUGGACAUUGCGGGGGGCGGUGGUGGUAGGAAGGGAAAGGGACUGAGGCAGGUCUUGGCAGCAGGAUAUUGAGGGUGGCUCCUCUUCAUUGUCUGGCGUUAUUUUGAGGGAAUUGGGGUAUUGAUAUUUCAGUAAAGAAGGGAAUGAAGCGUCUGUGAGAUGUAUAGAGAAGCGAAGGCUGUUCUUUAUUUUAAUUCUCCUAUUUAUCUAGGGUCUUGGUUAGUGACAAGCUUGUCAAAAUAUGUACGCUUUUAAAAAUAAUAUAUAGUUAAGCAUUGUUAGUUUUUGUUCCGAUCGUGAUAAGAGGCCGUUCAAGGCUUGCUCGCUAAAGUCCUGUGCGCUGUGAAAAAGCCUUAACCAGUUUUUAAAUUUGCAAUCAUGUUACUCAGAGUACACAGGCUUGGUGGGAAUCUGUGUAGUAGUUUGUUCCACUGCCAAAGGUCAGGAGUCACCUGUGUUGGGAAAGGGACAAAUUUGACUCAGUGGCUUAUGCGUAGAGAUUUCCACAUCUCCUGUCAGUGGCAUAUAACCAUGCCAUCCUGGGUGAUUGACAGUUAUGGGAAAAAUGAUGUGCUACGAUUCACAAACAAUAUGAUGUUGCCUAUAAUCCACUUUCCCAAUGAAGUUAUUAUUAAAGUCCAUGCUGCAAGUUUAAAUCCCAUAGAUGUUAACAUGCGAAGUGGCUAUGGAGCUGCUGCUUUAAGGAUGAAGCGAGAUCCUCUGAUGAUUAAAAGCUCAGGCAGUGAAUUUCCUAUAACACUUGGCCGGGAUGUUUCUGGCAAAAUUAUGGAAUGUGGACUAAAUGUGGACUAUUUCAAACCUGGAGAUGAGGUAUGGGCAGCCAUUCCUCCCUGGAAGCAAGGCACUUUGUCAGAGUUUGUUGUAGCAAGUGGAAAUGAGAUAUCUCAAAAGCCCCAGUCACUGAGUCACGCAGAGGCUGCUUCUUUGCCUUAUGUUGGUUUAACCGCAUGGUCUGCACUGAGACAUGCUGGGGGUCUGAAGGAAGAUAAUUGUAGCAAUAAAAGGAUAUUGAUCUUCGGUGCAUCAGGUGGUGUAGGUACCUUUGCUAUACAGCUGAUGAAAGCCUGGGGCGCUCAUGUGACUGCAGUUUGUUCUCAGGAUGCCAGUGAAUUAGUGCAACGUCUUGGUGCAGAUGAUGUCGUUGAUUAUAAAUCUGGAAAUGUAGAAGAACAUCUGAAAACUUUACCGUUGUUUGAUUUCAUCCUAGAUAACAUUGGUGGAUCAACUGAAGAAUGGGCCCCUGCACUCCUGAAAAAGUGGUCAGGGGCCACAUAUGUCUCUCUUGUAACACCCUUCUUAGUGAAUGUGGAUAGACUUGGUGUGGCUGAUGGUAUGUUACAGACUGGAGUGACUAUUGGUAAAAAGGCUAUGAAGCAUCUUUGUAAAGGGAUCCAUUACCGGUGGGCAUUUUUUGCACCAAGUGGUCCAUAUCUGGAUGAAAUAGCCAGCCUUGUUGAUGCAGGGAAGAUCCAUCCAGUUAUUGACCAAGUCUUCUCAUUUACGGAUGUUCCCAAGGCUUUCCAGAAAGUGGAAGAAGGGCAUGCGCGUGGAAAAACAGUGAUCAAUGUAACUAAUAAAGGAUAAUGUAUUGACUCA